GGAAACGCCCCCUUUUUACUAUAACUUUGUCACUUCAUUGGGGCCAUUGUCAUGCAGUAAUUAUUCAAUAAUAUUACUUAUUUUUAUAUAUAGUAUGAUCAAGUUCGGUAUUGACUGAUCCAGCCUCAUUUAAUCGUAUGACCCAAUCUUAUUAAUAAUGCCUCGAUGAGUUUUAGUUUUAGUAAAGUGAAAGUCUAAACGACUUUGGUCGAGUAGUGGUCGACUUUGUUUUUAUUGAAAUUAUUCUGAAAUAGUAGUAGUAAUAGUAGUAUUAGUAGUAGCCAAUUUUUAUUACUUUGAUGAUAUUUCAAGGAGUUUAACCAACGCAGGCAAAACAUAGCAACAGUAUAACUAGUGUAAGUAUGACAGUAUGAGGACUGAGAUAAGCUUCACAUUUUCUCAUUCAAGUUAUCAAAUUUAAAUACUUUAACUACUUAAGUUUAAGACUUAAGAAGUUAACAGAAUUUUUAAAAAAUAAAAAUACAACUUUUAUGUUCAUUUUUCAUUCAUCAGUGUCAUCUAGGCUCAAGGCCAAGGCUAAUUUUGUUAUGAUUAUUAAUCAGAUUUUUCGCCAGUACUAGAAUAUUAUUAUUGCUAUUAUAACAAAAUAUUUCAAAAGGUGGGUGAUGAUUAGGAGUUAAUUUUCAACUAACUAAGGUUAAGACAGUUAAGAUAUAAAAAAUAUGCUUUUGUUUGGAACUUAUUAUGAGGUCAGGCUAAGACUAAUACUAAUAAGAGCCUAAGCAAUUUAAGAAUAGUUAAUAAUUAAUUUAUUGUUCAAUCUUACUAUUUUCUUUAUAAAUAAAUAAAAUGUAUAUGACUCUAGUCUAAUUUGAGCAUAUUUUUUAAAAAAUCGGCUAAUCCUAGUUACGAUUACCACGACUUAUUUUCCAGGGAGUGACUUACCUUUGUUUAUUUUUACUAAAUUAUUUUAGGGAUCGAUUUAAUUUAGGGUUCAUGUUAGGCAUAGGGAUCGAUUUAGGGUUUCAGGUUAGGCAUAGGGAUAGAUGACUUCAUGUGACGUGUUAACCAAGAUGGCGGCCAUUGAGAAAAUAGUGGCAAUCGUAGUCAAAAUUUACAGGCUUUAUUUAUUUAUAUACAAAUAAUAUUUUGAAAAAUUUUGUGUGAUUCAUUUUCAAAUUUAUUAUUGUUAUUAUUGUUAUUGGGAUGUUUUUGUUAUGAAUUAGCAUAGCUAAAAUCUCUCUAGAUUAAAAUUUAAGAUAUGCCUAUGUAUCUUUUACUUUUUGUCUAUACCUAUAAUCCUAUAUACUUGAUUUAAAUUAAUAUGUAUACUCUAGUUAAAUGAAAUGUUCCUCUUUAAGUUAAUUUUCUAGACAUUAAUAAUAAAUUUUAAAACUAUUUUUAUCAUUUAUUUUACAAAUAUAUAUGAAGACCAAAAAUAACCUUUAUAAUUAUUGUUUAUGUGAACUAGAAUUAAUAUUAUAUUUUUAAUUUUAUAGGAGACGGAAAAGUUAGAUGGACUGGUAAAAAGGGGCAAAGUCUCUCAGAAUAUCAUUCAUCAACUCCAACACUUGAUGCACUAGUCGCUGGUAUUGCAAUGGCAUCUUAUGAGCGAUUUGAUCAAAAUACACAUAUACUGCCGGGGGGCACAACCAAAAGCCCUGAAGGACAAAAUGGAGAUGGAAUCAUCAAAGAUAGUCAUAUUCAAAUUGAGAACGAUGGAAAAGUAAUGAUUUUUGGCCUUGACAACAAAGAAUCUGCAUAUAUUUCAGAUCCUGCAGGAGAUCCAUAUGCCCCUAAAACUGGCUUACAGUAAGUAUUUUAAAAGAAGGGAGCAAAUAUUUUGAAAUAGUAAUUUUUAAAAAAGAACUAAAAAACAUUUUUAAAAAAAAUUAUUUAUUAUUGUUAAUAGCGUUCUUUUAUUAAAAAGGCUAUUACUUUAUUGUACAAAGCUCUUAAUUAAAAAAACAUUUUCUCUCAAUUUUUAUCGCAGACAGGCACAAGCUAACGUGCAACUAAUUGUGGAAAACUUUUACUUCCGAGCAUUUACAGUCAUUUUGAUUCUCCUUGAUUUCAUCCUGGUCAUUAUAGACCUGUCUCUGUAUGAAUGUGCAAGUAAUGAUGAGCCACUUGAAAUCACAUCCCAUGUCAUCAUAUGUUACUUCAUUGUUGAGAUUGCUGCUCGUAUUUUCAUUCAAGGGUAAAUUGUGUUUUGACAAUUUAUGUGAAAGAUGGGAUAAUUUAAAAAAUUCGAUAGUAUUGUUGCUUCUAACUCACUUUUUGUGAGAUAAUUUGUUUUUAAAAAAUGCUACAUUUCAUUACAUUAUCACUUUUAUUAACUUAUUUUAAUAACCAGUAGGCCCUACUUGAAGUUAAUUUUAUGCAUGUUUUCAAUACAACUUGUGAAUAUAUAUGGAGGAAUCUGGGCACAUGACCUCCUCUCCUCUCCAAACCUCAUAAUGUAACAAAAAUAUAUAAUAGGUGAAAUUUUUGUAAAGCAUAAACUGAAUAUUUAUAAAAUAGGGUACCCAUUUUCAUUGACAUGGUGUCCCCUUUCACAUUGUACUAAGGACAAUACCAUAGUAAAAGUACCAUAGGACAAAAAAACAUAAAUAAAUUUUAGCUAGACUUAAUACAUAAACUUGGCAAUGAUGAUGUCAUUAAUUCUUACAAGGAAACCUCUAGGAAAGACAUGAGCCUCUCAGUGGCCCCUGCUCUCAUCCAGUGAAUUUAUGGGGACAUCUGACCAUAGGUGAAAAGAUUAAGAUGUGUACUUUCUUCUUUUACAGGAAAAGAUUUUUCUACAACAUUUUGGAUGCUCUUGAUUUCUCAGUAGUGCUCAUUUCUUUUAUUGUUGAUGUUGUUUUCUUGGCAUUAUCAGACUCUGGCUGUGCAAGUGAGGGCAGAAUGGCACAGUAAGUAAAUUAAGCAGUAAUUAAAAAAAAGCAAAAGCGUUUUAAUGAAGAGUUUUAAUAAGGAUGCAAUGAAAUGUAAUGGCAAUGGAGUUAUAAAACCUCAUUUCCUUAAAACCUAACACUAAUUACAUAACUAAUAAAAAAAUAACUGUGGGUUAUGCCAAUAUUAUUUUGAGGCAAGAAUAAUUUUAUAAAGCGUCUUCUCUUAAACAAUUUAUUGUUAUAAUCAAACAAUAAAAUAACUUUAAACCAAAAUCAUUAAUAAUUUUAAAAAAAAACAGUGGAUGCUCUUGCAGACCUGUUUACUCUUACGAUUUUGGCGUACAAUGUAUGAUUUUGAGGUGUAUACUUUAUAUAUACUGUAUGUUUAUUUUUUACUAUUAAUAUAACGUAUUGAACGAUUUUGUGAUGAUAUUGUACGAUUUUAAGAGUUUGAGGGUAAACAGGUCUGCUCUUGGUUUAACUUUAUGUUCCUAUGAGCAAAUGACUUAAUGACUUAUGUGACAUUUUGACAAAUGAAUUAUGUGACAUUUUGACAAAUGACUUAUGUGACUUUUGACAAAUGACUUAUGUGACAUUUUGACAAAUGACUUAUGUGACUUUUGACAGAUGACUUAUGUGACUUUUGACAAAUGACUUAUGUGACAUUUUGACAAAUGACUUAUGUGACAUUUUGACAAAUGACUUAUGUGACUUUUGACAAAUGACUUAUGUGACAUUUUGACAAAUGACUUAAGUAACAUUUUGACAAAUUAUGAACAAUGUGUAAACCAUAUAAUAACUAAAAUAGAUGAGCUAUAUGCUUGAACUAUACACAGAAGGUAGUAUAAAAUAAACUAGGAAGGGAAUGCUUAUACUUAUACGGUAAUUAAAUUAAAAUGUGUUCUUCUAGAUUGGUAGUGAUUGGCAGAGUCGUGCGUGCCAUACGAGUUGUACGAAUAGUAUACAUCAUGGUUGUGCAGCACCGACAAGUGGCAAGAGCAACACGGCAAAUGGUGUCACAAAACAAAAGACGCUACCAGAGGGAUGGAUUUGAUCUUGAUCUCUGCUACAUCACAGGUAUUGUGACGAUCUUUUAUUAAUAAUAUUUCAAAGUAUUUGAUAACAGAGCCCUUGAAAUUUGAGCCGCAUUAUUUUAAUUACUAUUCUAUUUAACAUCAAUUGUUUCUGUUAAAAAGUAUUAUUGGGAUGAAUGAAAAUAUCAUUCAGAUUUAAUUUGUUAAUUAUGCAAUUAAAUUGGUUUUUAAAAGCUUUUACACCUUACCAAUACAAAAGUGGCUUUUCAUUAUGACUAAUUAGGCUCAUUUUUUUUUUUUUUUUUUUCAUUUUUGCAUAAUGUGCUUUACGCACGGAAGAAUAUACUUCAAUGGAUUGAGUUUUGAUAUUCUUUAUGUCUCUGCAUUAUUUUAACAUUCUGUGAUAUGGAAUGCCAUAGAAGGCAUUGAUUGAUAAUUAUAUUAAUCAGUGUCAAUUUACACUAAUGGCUAAAAACUCAUGUAGUUUUGAUUACUGCAGUCAUAAUCUUUUUUAAAAUUUAUUUUAGAGAGAGUCAUUGCUAUGUCGUUCCCCUCCAAAGGAAUGAUGGCCCUCUAUCGUAAUCCAGUAGCAGUAAGUUUAAUUUUUUUGUACCUCAAUUAGUUUUGUUUUUCUACCUCAGCUCUCAGCUACCACAAACAUUUGUCAAUAAUUAAUUUUCCUGUUUAUCAGAUUAUUGACUCAAACUAUGAGUGUAUAAAAACAGUUACUGAAUUUCUUAUCUCUUGAAGGAAGAGGUUUAGUCCUGCAACAUAAAAAGACAAAUCUUUUUUAAAUCUCUGAGUAGCACAUGACCAUAACGCACACCAUAUAUGCUUGUCCUGAAGCCGACUUUCUUAAAAUAAUAUUUCUGGGGAAUAAGUUUCGCUUCAAAUAUUAACUCAAGAAAGUUAUCAAAAGUGGAUGGCUUGACCAUGCGUCCUACAUACUGAUAAGUAAAUAAUGAAAGUUGAUUACAAUAUGCGUAAACGCUGGGUUUUUCGCCUCGUCUUAAAUAUUCUUGUGUACAGUAUUGCUUACACUGGCUUAUUGUUCUAUUGGGCUGGCUUUUGAGCAAGUUUUGCACUUUUCAGGCUUUUUCCAUUUAAAAGGGGAGAGUGGGGAUAGUUUUUGACUCAUGAUGGAACAGAGCAAAUAUCUACUGUAAUAUUAAAUCAAAUCCUUUUCUAUAUAUUUGAGUGGUAAAUAAUAGGACAAAUACAAUAAGCCAUGUGACACCCCCCCCCCCCACCCCCCCAGAAUACAAAAAUAUUAAUUUCUAAUGAAGAAAAUAUCUACUGUAAUAUUAAAACAAAUCCUUUUCUAUAUAGUUGAGGGGUAAAUAAUAGGACAAAUACAAUAAGCCAUGUGACACCCCCCCCCCCCACCCCCCCAGAAUACAAAAAUAUUAAUUUCUAAUGAAGGAAGUAUUUUUAUUUUCUCAGUAUCAAAUUUUAAAAAAAAUUAAAUUAAAUUAUAAAAUGCAUAAGAGACAAAUUAUACAUUUUAUUUUUUCUGUUACAUUUAUGUUUUGAAUUGUUUUUUAAUUUUAGGAAGUAGCACGUUUCUUCAACACAAAACAUAAAGGACAUUAUAGGAUAUACAAUCUUUGUAGUAAGUAGAUAAAGUUUAAUUACAGUUAAAUUCAUUGGCUGUUUCUAUUAUUUAUUUUUUAAAGUUGUUUGUGAUUUAAAAGGAAUUGUUGAAAAAAUAUAUUUUCUAAGAUUAUGUUAACUGCACCUCAUCUAAUACAAAUAUCAGAAAGUGUUAACCACCUCUGAUUUUGCGUUGAAUUUUUGUAAUGAAUGUUAUCAUUGUUUAGCACAAAGUGUUUUAAAUGGUUACAAAAAAUUAUUUUGUCCAAUCAUUGACUAAUACCGGUAUGACAUGUUCAUGUUUUUUAAUAGGUGAGCGGGAUUAUAAUGAAAAUUUGUUUUUCAACAAUGUUGAAAGAGUGUACAUAGAUGAUCACAAUGUGCCGAAAUUGAGGUAAAACACAUUUCCUGAAACUUUCUUUUUAUAUUUCAACUAAUUCUUUUUGUAAUUUUUUUGUUUGUUAGUCAUCCAUAUUCUUUAUUAUUUAAUUUAUUGAUCCAAGCAAUGUAAAGUGGUGUCUCAAUUUUAAAAAGGGUUCAAUUGAAAAUAACGACUAAUUUAAUUUAAAAUUCAUGGAAAAAAAUGCUCCAUUCUAUUUUUGUUUAAUAAAUAAAAGAAAAAGAAUAUUCUAUUUAAAAGAGUAUAAAAAAUAUCUUCAAUAUUCCAUUCAAGAGUAUUCAUCAAACUCUAAAACCUUGGCUUAUUAAUUGUUGUUUCAUUGAUUAUUAAAAAAGAGAUUGUAUUCAAAAUUCUACUUUAUUCCCUAAAAAAUUUCAUGUGAUUAGAUUAACACAUUGAAAUUUGUCAUCAGAGAAAUGCUGGACUUCACUGCUAAUGCCAGAGAAUGGAUGGCCAUGGACAAGCAAAAUGUGAUUGCCAUUCACUGCAAGGGAGGGAAAGGACGAACGGGUACCUUAAUAUGCACAUGGCUAAUUGACUGUGGUUUGUUAGAGAGUGCACAGGUAAGAAAUUUAAAAGUUUCAAGUUGCUACCAACUCAGCCAUGAUCUCAAUCAAUUUGUUCACAAUAACAAAAAAUGAAUUUGAGGAGGACUAAGAAAUUAGGAAAUGGAAACACAAUUUUUAAUGUUCUGGGUUAAAAUGUUGGUUUGUCUAGCUUAACUGCGUUAUUAAUCUUCAAAAUUAACAAUGAUUUUAAAUAAUACUCAGUGAAUUUCUGACACCAACUAUGUCAAUUUUACUAAAAUUAUGUUUUUCUCGUAAAAAUUGCGACAUUCAGUUUCAGAAUUUAAAUGCCUAUAGCUUAUAGUAAUUACACAACUAGCCUCUAAGAAAUUUUUAAAAAUUAAUUCAGUUGCCAUGCGUUUCCCUUAUUUCUAUAUGCUCUCUUUAUUUGAUGUUAAAAAACAAAAAAACGAAUGAAUUCAUUCAGGAAAGCUUGGAAUACUUUGGUGACAGGAGAACCGAUUUAAGCAAAGGAAGUACAUUUCAAGGAGUUGAAACACCCAGCCAGGUACAAAGUCCAUUUUGUCUGUAUCAGUCAUUAGAAACAUGAGCCUCUGUUGGAACAGCAUUUGAUUCUCAUGGCUCUGACAAAAAUAACGCCUUUUGCUUUUAUUAAUUCUUACUUUUCAAAUAGUUAAAUGGUACUGGCUUUGCUGUCCUUUUCAAAUUUGUUUUAUGGUAUAACCAUGACUAGAAUGAAUAAAUCAUUGGAGUGGUUCCCAUUCUUUUUUACUUAAGGGGCCCUUUUUGAAUAAAUUUUUGUGGAGGAGCCCAUUAGGCCUGCAAGCUAAUGGUGAUAAGAAGUUUCUUAGAGCAGACGUGGCUGCCCUGCAAAGUGCCCUUAGGAGCACAUGUUUGGAACCACUGCAUAAAUUUAUACUUUUUCUUAUUUACAUCACAAACUAUCAUAAGUAAAUUAUCAAAUUUUCACAACAGAGCAGAUAUGUGGAGUAUUUUGAAAAACUGAAGAAUGUCUACAACAAACAGCUUCCACCUAAGAAAGUAUUAAAACUUAAAUCCAUAAAAAUUACAGGAAUAAAUAGUAAGUGAUCAUAAAUUGAUAGUUACUUUAUUUUUUUAAAUCAUAGCAAUACAAUUAUUCUGUGUUCCAAACUAAUUUCAGAUAAGAACUGAAAUUAAAACAGCUUUUGAAAAUAUGUACUAUGUUGUAUAGUAUAAUAAAUAAAUAAAUAUAUAUAGAUUUAUUUUUUAAAUGUUAUUUUUAAAAUACAUAAACUUGUUUAGUCAAACAAAUUUAUCAAUGCCUUUUUAAAAAAAAAAAAUUAUGAUAAACAGGUGUGGGUAAUGGAGAUGGCACUGACCUCUUUAUGGAGCUGCGACAGGAUAGUCUUCUGAUAUUUGAGUGUAACUUAGGAACUCAAGUCAACUGUGAGGUAAUAUUAGCACCCGUUUACAUAGAGAAAAAUUUAGUGAUAUCUGCUGGGUAAAAGUAAAGCUAUUUCUUUCACUGCUAGCUUCAGAAAAUAAAGAAUUAAAAAGAUGUAAAUUUAAUGACACAGAAAUUCAAAACAAAUAGAAAAUAAUUUGAAACUCCCAAGCUAUUAAAAAGUUAUACAGUGGUAGGCCAAAUUUAGUUGUUAUUGGUGGAAUGUUUACAACCUGGCAACUAGCAAAUGCUUAAAGAUUUUGUUUAAAUUCCUGUGUUAGCUGUAACUUAAUUCAAUAUUUUCAGAAAUCGUUACCUUAUGCUUGCGAUAUAUUUACAGCCAACCCUGGUUCUUAAUCACAUAGUAAAUUAUGACAUAGUACUGUUACAAGGUAGGGCCGUUUUCUGUAUGUACCCCAUUAACCUGGCCGUAUGAGUUUACCACCUUCCAGGAAGGAUGACGUGUCUUUAUCCGAACAUUGGCCAGAAAAACAUCUAAGCGAACAUUGACCCACAUUUGAGGUCAAGCCACAUGAAGUUCAGUAUAAAUACUGGGUGUAUUCCCCUACAGUUGGGGAGACAUAUACGAGAUGAGCAUAUUGAUGCGCAACUAGCUUUCCGUUGCAUUUGCUAAGUACUAGAUAGGGCCAUUCAAUAGUUAGCAGAAAUAGUAAUUCCAGGAACUUAGACUUGUGAUAGUAUUGUUUAUAUUACUGUGAAAUUUAGAUAUUGUUACUGUUAGACCAGUAUUCAUUUCUUUAUAUGUAGAUUUUAUGUAUCUUUAUAUUCUUUAUAUAAUGUAUCACAUUAUAUUCCAUGUCAUAAAGUACAUUGAUAUAGAGCACUGAUUGUCUUUAUUUUAGCCAAUAGCGUGUCUAGAUUAUAUUCUUUAUAUAAUGUAUCACAUUAUAUUCCAUGUCAUAAAGUACAUUGAUAUAGAGCACUGAUUGUCUUUAUUUUAGCCAAUAGCGUGUCUAAAAUCUACCUGUGUUAGCCCCCUUUUCAAAUCCCCUAGACCACGAGCUUUAACCUUAGGAGACUGUUCAAAUUCACUGAACACAAUGGGGGCAUAACAGUCCAUUUAAACUUAAAACUGUUUUCAAGACCACCAUCAGUAUGUAAAUAUAGACAUCAUAAGAUUAUAAAUCAAGACAUUUUAUUCUAUUUCUAACAUCAAUGUUUAAAUGUUCCUGUCCUUAUGUUCCCAUCAUUGUUACCCUGUAAUUAUGUUCCUGUCUUUGUUUUCCUGAAUAUAUGUUCCUGUCUUUAUUAUCCUGAAUUUAUUUUCCAGCCUUUCUUAUCCUGAAUUUAUGUUCCUUUUGAAAUCUUUAAUCAAGGAUAAUCUAGUGAUUUAAUAGUUUCAUUCUCCUCUUCGGCAGGUGCUCAAGUACACUGACAGUGACAGUAUUGUCAUCAACCUGAAGAAUUGCCCGAACAUUCACGGAGACAUUAAAAUAAUGUUCAAGACUCACAAUGUAAUUUUUCCUUUUUUAAUUCAUAAAAAUGUUAUCAUUUUGCUCUUCUAUUUGCUGCUUUUGUCAACGCCUUUUUCAAAAUAUAUCUUGGUAAUGUUGGGAUUUAUUUUUUAAAUGGUUUUACCACAGGCUUAUCACCUGAAAUUGGUCAUUACUAUUUAGGAAAUUAGCCAAAUAUUCCAGGACAUUUCUGUAAGAAAAAAUAAAUAAAUAUUUAACAAAUUUAAACUUUAAAUUUCGUUGCUUAGAGACCUUCACAGAGAGUCAUACGGCUUUAAGCCAAAAUAACCAUUUCCUAAUUUCACUAGAUAAAUUAUGCCAUUAAAUUAAUUUAAAGAACUAAGUUUCCCCAACAGAAUAACCCUAGUGAUAAGCUUCCCUUGUACAUACAACACAAUAAUCCUAGUGCUGAAAUUAUUUUUUUCAAAUAAUGUUUAAUAAAACUUGUAUGAGUUUGCCAACUUUUAAUUCUUUUGUAUUUAGAAAAAGAUUCCUAUUGGAUAUGACAAGUGCCCUUUCUAUUUUUGGUUCUACACUUCAUUCAUAGAAGACAAUCAGUAAGUAUUUCUAUUUUUGGUUCUACACUUCAUUCAUAGAAGACAAUCAGUAAGUAAAUUCAAGCAUGUCUCACUCUCAGUUUAAUCAAAGUAGUCAGUGAUUACUUCAGUUGUCUACUUCACUUAAAUAAAUAUCAAAGUUUUGGAGAGACAAUUUUUUUUAAAGACAGGCCCACACUUUGAUGGUUCUGUAAAGUUGAUUUGGUCCCCGCCAACUACCGCCACUACAACCAACCUAUAACUUAUUUUUUAUUUUGACCAGCCGCUGAUAUGUCCCCUCCCCCCCGCCAACUACCGCCACUACACCCAACCUAUAACUUAUUUUUUAUUUUGACCAGCCACUGAUAUGUCCCCUCCCCCCGCCAACUACCGCCACUACAACCAACCUAUAACUUAUUUUUUAUUUUGACCAGCCGCUGAUAUGUCCCCUCCCCCCGCCAACUACUGCCACUACACCCAACCUAUAACUUAUUUUUUAUUUUGACCAGCCGCUGAUAUGUCCCCUCCCCCCACCAACUACCGCCACUACACCCAACCUAUAACUUAUUUUUUAUUUUGACCAGCUGCUGAUAUGUUUGACGAAAACAUAAUUUUUCAAUUAUUUAAAUUUUUCAGUUUACAUAACAAAGAUUUCCUUUUGGGAUUAUAUGUUUAAAAAAUAGGUUGUUGUUGUUGUUCGUCCAUUGAAGUCGACUAGGACCAUCGGGUCAUCCAAAGGUUAGGGGGAGGUUGGGUGACGGUGAGCUCGUAGGUGGCUUGCUAGACCAAUCCGUGCUCGGAAUAAUCUUUGGCACCGUGGGCAGGGGAUAGUUGCUUCAGACGGUGACCUAAUGUUGCUCUUUCGGGCAAGCCUGCGUGUCUCAGCUGUGGAUAUUCUAUUAGCUUCAUGGGAUUUAGCCCCCUUCUUGACAGAAGCUCUCCACCUGGCUCUGUCCUGGGCUGUCUGCACCCAUUGAGUAGGGUUUAUGCUGAAGGCCUUUAGAGCCACUUUCAGUGAGUCUUUGUAACGCUUUUUUGACCUCUUUGAGAGCGCUUGCCUAUCGUGAGUUCUCCGAAGAAUAUCUAUUUCGGGAGCCGGUGGUCUUCCAUACGGGCUACGUGUCCCAUCCAACGGAGCUGAGACUGCAUCAGAGUGGUGAAGAUACUAGGUAGGUUUGCUCUAGCGAGGACCUCAGUGUCGUGGACUUUGUCUUGCCACCUGAUGUCGAGGAGUUUCCUGAGGCAGGUUGUGUGAAAAUGAUUCAGUUUCUCGGCGUGACGCUAGUAGACUGUCCACGUUUCACAUCGGUAGAGCAAUGUCGGGAGGACUGCUGCGCUAUAGACCUUGAUUUUCGUUUCUCGUCUGAUACCUCUCCUGUCCCAAACAGUGCUGCAGAGCCUGCCAAAUAUGGCACAAGCUUUUGCGAGUCUGCCAUUCAUUUCAUCAUCCAUGGCGACAGAUCUAGAGAGGGUGCUGCCCAAGUAAGUAAAUUUAUCCACCGGGUUGAGACGCUGUCCAUUGAUGAUGAUGUUGGGUUCAACGUAGGGCUUACUAGGUGAGAGCUGGCUGAUACAUCUCCUCAGUCUUCUUUGUGUUGAUUGUGAGGCCAAAGUUAUUGCAGGCCUCAGAGAAGAUAUCAACGCUGUGUUGCAUGACGACUUCUGAGGGAGUGUUGAGGGCACAAUCUUCUGCAAACAGAAGCUCAUUGAUGGUGUUAUGUUUGACCUUGGUUUUAGCUUGAAGCCUCCUAAGGUUAAAUACUGAUCCAUCAGAGUGAAACCGCAUUGCCACAAAUGUGACACACUUUGAUUACUGCAUAGUAAAAUAGAAAAUAUCCUUCAACAAAUCAGACAUGUUUACAUUGGCAUUAAUCUAUUCCCUAGCCUGUACAUUCCAAGGGACGAGCUGGACAACCCUCACAAGUCGAAGACUCACAAUGUUUUCCGAGAGAAUUUCGGUGUGGAUCUCAGUUUUGAAGCUGCAGAUGACUCCUGAUGUGCGUCAUCGAAAAUAAGAUUAAUUCUCCCUCCAAGCUCAGCACUGCUGUGGUAUACCAAGCACUAGUGGCUUUAAUAAUAUAAUUUUAUCCAACUAAAUUGAAGGUUUAAAAAAAAACAAUAAUUUCAUAUAUUUAAUGAUGUUACUUAGUUAUUGCAAAUUAAAAUUUAGUACCAGUAUUAAAAAUCAGUUCAGUAAAGAAAAAUAAUUUAAGAAAAUUAUUUUUAAUUGUUUUAUAAAAUUAAAUUCAAUCAAAUUACUUUUGUUUGUUAAGAUCCAAAAGAUUUGAGUUACGUCAGAUAAUUGCCGGUAAUUGGCUAUAUUUAUACCAAAGAAAAACAUAUGUACUGAAUUUAACUUCAGAUAUACAUGUAAUUAUUUAUGUAUCUUACAAAAUUGUGCAAUAAUGAUUAUUAUUUCAAGUUUUAAAAAUUACUUUAUUAAGUCAAUAAUAUGUAUAAGAAAAAGUAUUUUUUUGUUGUUGUGAAUAUUUCUAACUAAAUACCAGUUUAAAAAAAAAAUUUUUUUUUAAUUGAAUGGUAUCUAUAAAAGACGUACUCUGAUUUUUAAAAAAAAAUAUUUACAAAUAAGAUGUAAUUACAGUUUUGUUGUAUAACUUCAAUGUCUAAAUUUGUUUAAAUUUCAUAGCUCCCAAAACUGGAACAUUCCAUGCUUUUAGUGUUUUUAAAGUUUAAGGGCAAUUUUUAUUGUGAUACCUUCCUCCUAAAUUAUCAUUCCUUAAAAUUUUAACCAUUAGCUCAUUUCAGAUUUAACCUAAAUAUAUGCGUGUGUUUUCAUAUAGCAGUGAUAUUAAUGAAUCUAUCAAAUUAGUCAUAGCCAGCAGAACAAAACUUAUCUUAUAAAUGGAAACAAAUAUUUCAAAAUGAGUUUGUAUCAUGAAUGUGGUUUCACCUGCUAGGAGCCAAAAUUAACCAAGAAUGAACUAUGCAAUUUUAUUUAUUUAUUUAUGAAAUUUAAAAAAACAAAAUGUAUGUCUUUUUUGUAUGUGUUAUUUGUAAACUUAUAUAGUAUUUUGUUGAUCAGCAACAGAACUGUGGUUGUAUUUUAAUCAAUGAUACAAUUUUUCCAGUUAGUAAAUGUGAUAGAAUUUCACUUCCAAUUUUGUUUAACUGCUUUUUACUCCCGUGGCAUGAGAGGCUAUUCGAAAUGUGUUUUCAACCAGUAUCUGUAUUACUAUUAUAAAGUUGAUUUCAUUUUAUACGACAAGAUGGCCCAGAAUUUUUUAUUUCAGCAUAUUUGUGCGUAUUUAAUGCCCUAAAUGUCCUGAUUACUGGAAUUUAAACCCAGACCAUCGGAAUACUUGUUAUUUGUUUUACUGACUGUUCCAUCCGCGCGCCCCUUUAUUUAAAAAAGUAUUAGUCACCAACUCUCCUUUGAGUAUUUCAAAUUUAUAAUUGUAACUUAAAUCAUGUAAGAUGCUUUGUUUCAAAUUUGGGCUCAAGUUAAUAUUUCAACCCACAUUGUAUGGUGUAACAAUAUCAGGGUUUUACGGAUGUUGUCAUUUCAAUGAUUUUCUAAUUGAAUGGCCUAGUCAUUUUGUGUAAGUCCUAACUAGUUUUAUGAUGGAAUGACGAAAUCCUCAGUAGAACUUACACUAUUAGCAUUUAAUCAUACAAAAAUUUGGGUAAAAAAAAACAACAGCUUUGGAUUGUUUUGCUGGAUUUUGGUUUCCUUUUUUUAAAUACAAUAAUACUCAAAACUGGCCAGAUUUUUUUUAGUUUUUAAAAUAUACUAUGCAAAUUGUGAGGUUUUGUAAUGCUCUCUAUAUAAUGAAUUUUUGGGAUGGCUUUUUGUUAAUUUUCAAUCAAAAUUGUAUGACUCUACUUGACAAUAUCCCCAGGUGAAAAGAAACAAAUAAAAGGGUUUCACCACAUUUAUUGUAUAUUUAUAAAGCGCCAGGAGAGUUAAACUGUACUAUAUUUUAUUAUGGGAAGGAAGUCUCCUUAAAGAGUUCUACAGCUCACAUAAGAAUGAAGAAUGAGCUGUGCGCACUAAUUAUUUAUCUCAUGAAGCUGAACAGCAGAGUUGUUAUAUUAUCAUCCUCAUUCCUAACCUUUUCACUUGGACCCAAGAUUACAAUAGACUUAUUUCUUUUAAUCCGCAAAUAAUUAUAAUUGGAUAUAUUUUAACACUUUGACCUUUCCUUAUGCACUGCACCAAGAUUGCACCAAGACUGCACCAAGAUUGCUCAAAGUGAUCUGCUUUAUCUUUUACAAUUACCUUUUUUUUUUUUUUUUUUCCAAUUUCAACUGAGCAAAAUGUUAAUGUUUUAUCAUUCACACUUUAAGUUUCUUGCAAGUUUGUGUUUUUAAAUUAUUUAAUGUAAGAAAAUAUCUCUACUGCUGUUGGUUUAUAAAUCUUCUCUUGUACGUGCAGGGCUAUUUUAAGAUAGAAUGCACCCCCCGAACUUAGGAAUUUUUUAAAGUUGCUGGUAAGGCAAUGUUCAGGUCUUAUUUGUUCAUUUAUUAUAAGAUUCAAAGUUUGAAAGAAAAAAACAACUAAGUUAUAAAGAUAAAAAGAUUUAAUAUAAACAAAUAAGAUUGUUAGUGAACAAUUCAUGAUAUUGAAGCAAGAGGAAGCUUGUCACUAGUGACCAAUGUUCCCUUUAAGCUGUGUUUUUGGGCUGUAACAUUUUGCACACACAAAAAUUGAUGCUGUAAGACUGUGCACCCAACUGUAUGAUUUUGCACACGAACCAACAAACCUUAGAGGGAACAUUGCUAGUGACAUACUGUCCUCAAUUUGGCUGAUAUUUUGUGAAGGUGAAUAGGAAAAUGAAUUUAUUAAAAUAGUUGCUCUAAAGACAAUACACUUUUUAAAUAACUUGUUUAUAACCAAUACUAACCAUUCAGAAAUGUAACAUUCAAUUGUUUGAUUUUUUUGUCCAUUAUUUUUUUUCUCUUUCUUGAAGUUUCCAUCUAUGAUCUAUCCGACUGUUAUGUGGAGAUUAAACACAGUGCAGAGGAAAGUAAUGGAAAAAAAAUCCCCCCAUGACACCCCUCCCCCCCUUACAAAAAAUGACGGCAUGUUCAAGCUACUAAAAACUAUCACUUGAUUUGGAUAAAAAAUGACUGUUGGGACCCGCUAGCUACACGAAAUUGACUGCUAGUCUUAUUCCAAGUAAAUUAUACUCUUUUUCUGGGGGAAAAAUAGUAAGGCCCUAUAAAUUAAGUAAAGUGUCUCUUUCAAAAAAUCUUUCACGGCUCUUAUAGAUUAAUAAAAUGACCAAAUAUUUAGGUUUGAUGGUUCAAGUUGCCAACAUCCUGGUUCCGACACUGUCCCAAAUGGAUGCAUCUGUUGUUUUGUUUUUUUAAAUAAACAAAUUGUCUUUCAUGUUC